GGGUGGGGCCUGCUGGUUUUGUCCCUGCAGAGGUGGCCGGGUCAGAAAGCAGGCCCUAGGGAGGGCCAUAAGGGAAGGAUCCAGUGAAGAGGAGCAGGGUGGAACUGGAACAAGGCUUUGGAGGAACAGAUGUGGUUCAGUUGAGCCCUGAAUCCUGCAGGUAAGACUUGGACUAGUCCAAGAGGCUGAAGAGUGAAAAUCAUGGAUGAUAAAAGACGGAGAGCCAGAGUACAGGGCGGCUGGGCAGGUCCUGUGAAGAGCAGAGCAGCCUCCCAUGCAACCCCAGAGGCUUCUCUGGCCAGGAACAAUGUUACUGUGGGCACUGGGCAAGCCUGGAUGAGAAGAGAGCAGCUUCCGCCAGAAAAAUCGUACAUAUUUAAAGAAUCAGCAAAGAUGCAACGCAAAGCUCCAGAAACUCGAGUGAUAGACAAACAGGGCCUCUAUGAGAUCAGCACAUCACCAACAGGAGCAUCUCGCAUUAAUUUGAUUCCUGGAUUUAUUGACUCCAAAGAAGCAGACUGGAUGUUUGAGCAGCUCCUUCAAGAGAUACCUUGGGGGCAGAGAACUCAUAUUAGACAGGACCUGUCUUUUGAGGAGCCCAGGCUUACAUCUUGGUAUGGGGAGCUUCCUUACACUUACUCCAGAUUAACGAUGAAUCCAAAUCCUCAUUGGCACCCUCUGCUGACCUCAUUGAAGAAGCACAUUGAAGAGGUCACCAGUCACACCUUCAACUCUCUCCUUUGCAAUCUGUACCGAAAUGAGAAGGACAGCGUUGACUGGCACAGUGAUGAUGAGCUGUCACUGGGGAGAAAUCCUGUCAUUGCCUCACUCAGUUUUGGUGCUACACGGGUUUUUGAGAUGAGGAAGAAACCCCCACCUGAAGAGAGUGGAGAUUAUACGUAUGUGGAAAGAAUACGGAUUCCACUGGAUCAUGGCACUUUACUGAUGAUGGAGGGAGCAACCCAGGAAGACUGGCAGCAUCGGGUGCCUAAGGAAUAUCAUGCCAGGGAAGCACGGAUCAACUUGACCUUCAGGACCAUUUAUCCAGAACAUGAGGGAUUUUGAAAGUGGAUGAUGGCAACUGUUUCAAGCAUUACUGGAUAUAUGUUUAUGGCAGAUGGAAAACCUUGGACUUUCUACUGCUAUUGUGGAGCAAAAAAACCAUGGUGGAUUCAGAGUUACUUUCAAACAGAUGAAACAGAGAAGAGAAAGAAAUUGCUGUCUUGGAGAUUAGUGACAGUCAGAAGCUUCCUGUGACGCAUGUAUUGCAGUAUUUUGUUUUCAGAAAUGAUAUAUAAUAACAACUGACACUCAAUCAUAGUUUUUGUUUGGUUUAUUUAACCGUUUUCAUAAAAGAAGACUGAUCAGUCUUUUAUGAGGUAAAAGUGUUUACAUGGAAUUAAAGCUCUUAAAGUUUGCCUACCAUGUGGAAAGAAGCUUCAGUAAGCAGGGUUUUUGGUGUUUUCUCCUGAUAAAAUGCAAAUUGAUUCAUACAGUCGAGACAAAGAUUGGGAUUCUUUUUCCUUAGGGUAAUAUUAGUGAAAUGUGACAAGUUACAGGCCUGUGUGUAAGAAUAAGCAUACUUUGCACUUCUACAUCAUUGACUUACGAAAGCAGAGCACUUUGAAUGUUAUCUGGAUAUUGUAUGCUGCUUUUCAUUUAUAGAUUACAAAGUAGUUUAUAAAGAAGGGAUAAAUGUCAUUAUUGUUGUUGUGUUAUAGUAUCGUAGAGGCCCCUGUAGAGAGCAAGGCUCCAUUUUGCUGGGUGCAUUACAGUCUUUGUCCUGAAGUUCUCAUCUACAUAGGCAGAACAGGCGGAGGUAUGAACAGAAACAGAAAUGCAGAGGAGAGAAGUGAUUUAGCCAAGAGUUGCAAGUCAGUGGCAUAACUGAAGGUAGAACACAAAUCGCCCAACUGUGAACUCCUAGCUGGCCUUAACUGCUAGAACAAGUUGCAUCAUUGUUUUCAUACUAACAAAUAAAGUCUUGCUGCACCCUGGUGAGCUUUA